UACUGGAACAGCCGUCAAGUUCAGAAAAACUUGCAAAAGGAAAGAAGGUUCUCAAUCCGAACCGGAGCUGUGGAAGCGAAGACUUGGAGAGUACAAAAGGCAGAGGCACAAAUGGUGGGCUUCCUCCGGGCCUUCACCGCCGCAUCCGCCGUGCCAGCAGCAGCCGUCGCCGCGGUCGCCCUCUCCUCCUCCUCCCCCUCUCGCUCCCCCUCUUCCAGGCUCCGCUUCCCCCUGCCUCCCUCCCUCUCCGCGUUCGCCGCCUCCUCGGCCUCCUCUUCCCCCGUGCGCGCGCCGACCGCCGCCCCUCCGAUGGCCGCCGCCGCCACUGCCGAUCUCUCUGCUCCCGACAAGGGCACCGCGCUUCCGGAGCUCACGACCGAAUUCAUGGUGGACAUGAAAUGUGAGGGCUGUGUCACAGCAGUGAAAAAUAAGCUUCAAACACUUGAAGGAAUACAGAACAUCGAAGUGGAUUUCAAUAACCAGGUAGUUAGAGUUCGUGGGUCUCUCCCAGUGAAGCUAAUGUUGGAUGCUCUGCGUCAAACAGGACGAGAUGCACGUCUGAUUGGGCAAGGGAACCCAGAUGAUUUCCUAGUUUCUGCUGCCGUGGCUGAGUUCAAAGGGCCAGUUAUAUUUGGUGUUGUUCGUCUAGCCCAAGUUAACAUGGAAUUGGCUAGAGUUGAGGCUACUUUUAGUGGUCUAUCACCUGGUAAACAUGGAUGGUCAAUAAAUGAAUUUGGGGAUUUGACAAAAGGUGCAGAAAGUACUGGCAAAGUAUACAAUCCACAGGAUUAUCUAUCUGAUAAGCUCCUUGGUGACCUGGGAACACUAGAAGCUGGAGAAAGAGAAGCCCAGUUUUCAGGAUCAAAAGAGAAACUGAAAGUUGUCGACUUGAUCGGUCGCUCUAUUGCGCUGUAUGCAACCGAGGACAGAUCAGACGCGGGCCUUGCAGCUGCCGUUGUCGCGAGAAGUGCGGGUGUUGGGGAGAACUACAAGAAACUCUGCACAUGCGACGGUGUCACCAUUUGGGAAUCGAGCUAAAUUCGCCGCGAUGGAGUUUUCCGCACCGCUGGGUCACCCCCAAUAUGUUGUACACACACAAAUUAUGUAAAAACAAUCAACCAUUUACUGAACAUUUGGAAUAAGCGUGAAUACAUUUGUGGAAUAAAAGCUUGUUUUGAGUUGGAGCUUCACAACA